UAAACUGGUAUACGUGUACGAACUGCGGAGCACCUCAAGAAGUUACUAUCGCUGUCCGUCCCAAGUAUUUCGAUGAGAAAUACGCCUGCCCAUCAUCGAACUUUACGCAUCGCGACCUGCCAUACACAAUCGUCAGCGUGCCCCUCAGUCGAGCUCCAGGCAUCAUGGUGACUUUUCGCUGCACGGAGGGCCUGCGGAGGGAGGGGGUGGAGGGGGGCCGGAGGAGAGCCAGCGGUGCCAUCCAGUGCGUGAAGAAUUUAAAUGGCAACUGGGGAUGGAAUGACACUCUGGUCUUGCCGUGUUUCAUGUGGUGUCCGGAUGGUUUCGUUUCCCCGAAGGACGGAAUGUGCCUCCAUUUUUCACAAGAUAAAGCGGAAUUUGGCCUUGCUGAGGCUUCUUUGAAAUGCGCAGCGAAGCAUCAUUCCUCGUUGGCGAAAUUUCAAUCUCUUGCCGACUUGCGAGAUUCAGAGAAAGAUGUAUUCUACUACACACAGUAUACCACCGACGGCAGCACGAUGUUUCCCGAGACCAUUCCAUCAGACUUCGUUUGCGACAGUACCUUUGAGCAGUGUCAGGUCGGAUCCCGUUAUUUUUUCUUUUACGAAAAUGACAGAAAAAGAGAUCAAUGAAAAAAAGGAAAAAUAGGGGACAAAAGAAAAGAAGGAAAGAAAGAAGGUUAAGAUAAAAAUGAAAAGAAAAGAAGAGACGAACAUAGAUGGAUAGAUUAGGUGGAUAUAUGGAUGUUAUAGCGAGAAUAAAUUCUAGUAGAAUGCAUAUCAUUUUAAUUAUUUACCAUGCUGGCUAGAUAA